UCGGAUCUUUCUAUUCUUAAUUAAUGACUAAAAUGAAGAAAACUUUUUGGUUCUCAGUUGAUAAUAUUUUUAGAAUUUAGUUUUUACGCCAUCUGUAAAUCUUUUACUACAAAUAAUGACUGUCGUUCGACGGAAAAGUACCAUGAUUGGCAUGUGGUUCCAUUUAUUUUACGCUAUUUUAAUUAAAUUUAAAACAUGGAAUGUCUAAUUUCCUUAACCACGAAACUAUAUAAUUAUUUUUAAGAAAAGUGCAAAUGGAAUCUGCAACUGGGAGUUCUAACAGUUAUAGAGUCAGAACUACUUUAACUAUAUCUGUAGAAGGUAUUGAUUUUGAUACACAGGCAUGUGUUUUAAGACUGAAAGGUAGAAAUGUAGAAGAAAAUAAAUAUGUUAAGAUGGGAGCAUAUCAUACACUGGAUGUAGAACAAACUAGAAAAUUUACUAUUACUAAAGCUAAAUGGGAUUCUAUUUCUCUGGAAAGAGUUGAUACUGCAUGUGAUCCUACACAGAAUGCAGAUGUUGCUGCUGUGGUAAUGCAAGAAGGUAUAGCACAUAUUUGUUUAAUAACUUCCAAUAUGACAAUAGUCCGUGCAAAAAUAGAUCAAGUUAUUCCUAGAAAGAGAAAAGGAAAUGUUUCUCAACAUGAAAAGGGUUUAACAAGAUUUUAUGAUAACAUAAUGCAAGGGAUUUUGCGACACAUUAAUUUUGAUAUUGUGAAAUGUAUUAUUCUUGCAAGUCCUGGUUUUGUCAAAGAUCAAUUUAUGGAUUACAUGAUACAACAAGCCAUUAAAUCAGAUAAUAAAGUAAUAUUAGAAAAUAAAGGAAAAUUUUUACUUGUGCAUUCUAGUUCUGGUUUCAAACAUUCAUUAAAAGAAAUAUUAGCUGAACCUUCAGUAACUUCACGGAUUUCGGAUACAAAAGCAUCAGGUGAAGUGAAAGUACUAGAAACAUUUUACACAAUAUUACAGACUGAUCCUUCCAGAGCUUUUUAUGGAAAGAAGCACAUCCAAAAAGCUAACGAAUCUCAAGCUAUUGAGACAUUACUCAUUUCAGAUAAAUUAUUUAGAUGUCAAGAUAUUAAUGCAAGAAAAGAGUAUGUGGAAUUAGUUGAAAGUGUAAGAGAUUAUGGUGGGGAUAUAAAAAUAUUUUCUAGUUUGCAUGUAUCCGGUGAACAAUUAGAGCAACUUACUGGAAUAGCAGCUAUACUGCGCUUUCCCAUACCAGAAUUGGAAGACGAAAGUGAUGGCGAAAGCGAUUCAGAUGAAGAUAAUUAAGAAGUCUAAAAUAAUACGUUAAUGUAUAACUUUGUAUAUGUUUGUGCUGUGCACAAUCAAAAAUAUAAUAAAAUAAAAUAUAUUAAUAACAAAAA